CGGACACUCAGCGAGCUGACCUUCGCACCAAGGCCUGAUGCCUGAUGACAACCCUCUAUUCUCAUAUUCCUCUGGCCGAUUCCUCUACAAUGAAGAAACACGCCUCCAGGAACGAUACAUGAGGUUUGACGUCAGCGCGCUUAAAAACACCAUCGCGACGCAUGUUGUUGGCCAUGGAAACGUGCGGAGUAUUGUUAAACUGAGCGAAGGCGGCUUCAACCGCGUGCUCCUAGCCACCAUGGAAGAUGGAUUCCGGGCGAUUGUGAAAAUCCCUUUCUGGAUUUCCGUCCCCAAGAUGUAUGCCACCGCCAGCGAAGUCGCAACCAUGACAUUUCUUCGCUCAAAGGGGGUUCCGGUGCCUGAAGUCUAUGGGUGGUCUUCCACGGCGGAAAAUCCAGUCGGUGUGGAGUAUAUCAUCAUGGAGCAUGCACCGGGUGUUGGGGCUGAUACUCGCUGGUUCGACACGAGCAAGUACCAAAAGAAAGCACUGGUUACCGGGAUCGUCGACAUUGAGAAAAAGCUUUUCAGCAUGCCGUUCGCCUCAGUCGGUAGUCUUUACUUCAGAAAAGAUCUCCCCUCGCGGUUACAGGGCGAGCUCUAUCAACCUGGUACACUGGACGAGGACUGCGAUGCCGAGACCUACUGCAUCGGGCCGAUUGCCGAUUACAUGUUUUGGUAUGGACAACGCGCGAAGCUGGAGUUGGAUAGGGGACCUUGGAGUGAUCCAAAGCAAUAUCUUCUCGCAAUUGCCAAGAAAGAAAUCGCGUGGAUCGAGCGAUUUGGGAAGCCGCUUGAGCCCGACUUUCCCCAUAAUACCGUUUUCCCUGGAGUCAAUUCCCAUCAAGAUUAUUUGGAACUUCUGAGAAAGUAUCUAGCAAUUGCGCCUUAUCUUCUUCCUAAGGAUACGGGGAAUAUCUUGAAUCGACCUACCCUUCGCCAUCCUGGUGAGUCCCCGCCAAGCCCUUUCGUGCUAGUAGAGGCUAAUUUAGAAGACCUCACUCCUGGAAAUGUCUUUGUGUGUCCAGACACCUUCAAUGUCACCUGCAUUAUUGACUGGCAGCACACAGUAGUCACCCCGUUGCUGCUUACUGCUGGCUAUCCGAGGCUGUUUGAGAACCCCGACCCCGAGCCCCCAACAGGCUUAGUUCCGCCAAAAUAUCCAGAGGGCUACGAUACAAUGAGCCCGGAGGACAAGGCCCAAAUCGAUGAGCUCAUCCGACGCCAAAGUCUCUUUUAUCUAUAUCGUGUUUUCAAUGGAGGACUCAACAAAGUGCAUUUACAAGCCCUUCAAGAUCCCUUGAUUCUAUCACGUCAGCACCUGGUGGACUUUGCGGGCCGCCAAUGGUCGGGCAACCUCAUGACCUUGAGAGGAGCAUUAAUGGGCAUGCGUGAUAUUUGGCCCCAUGUUCCGGGGAAGGACGAUGGUUUUGAAUGCCCCAUUAAAUUUUCAAAGCCAGAAGUCGAAGACCAAGCUGAAAACCAGCCAAUGUGGUAUAACUUGAACGCUUUAGUCAGCCACUGGCGUGAUCAACUAGGGGGGCUUUCAGAGGAAGGUUGGGUCCCAAAUGAGCAGUAUGACCACGCUGUCAAACGAAACGAAUCCCUAAAAGCGGAAUUUGCUGAGGGAGCAAGUGCAGAUGAGCUUGAGAAAAUCAAGCGGGGUUGGCCUUUCCAGGAUCGAGAGGAGUUCUUUUAAUCGACGCCGUUCGGAUCAGGACAUCUUGCUUUAGUACAUGCUGCCCCUGAACCCGCUCUUCUGCGUUGCUUAAAUGCCUAAUCAGAUAUCGUCACCAUGUCCAAUGCAUUUGAUUCUUGGUAAUC